AUGACUUCCAACCUCAAGCCCAUCAAGCUCUACGGAGGCAUUCUUGGCCCGAACCCUCUCAAGAUCGGCCUCAUCCUCACAGCCCUCGAGCUCCCCUUCGAAAGCGUCCCCGUUGCAUUUGCCGAUGUGAAAGGCCCAGAAUAUGUAGCCAUCAACCCGAACGGACGUCUGCCCUCAAUUCACGACCCAAACACCGACCUGACAAUCUGGGAAAGCGGUGCCAUCAUCGAAUAUCUCAUUGAGCGCUAUGACACCCAAGAGCCACGCAAACUGAGCUUCACGCCCCGCAGCGCCGAAGCCGAGCUAGCGCGCUCAUUCCUUUAUUUCCAGGCUUCCGGUCAGGGUCCGUAUUACGGUCAGGCCUUCUUUUUCAAGAAAUACCACCCCGAAAGGCUCGACGGUGCCGUGGAACGCUUCGUCAAGGAGGCCAAGCGUGUCACUGGUGUUCUGGAUAACUGGCUUGCCAAGGAGAAGGAGUCGCAUCAGGAGAGUCUUGGUGAUGGGCCGUGGCUAGUUGGCAAUAAGCUGUCCUAUGCAGAUAUCUCUUUUAUUCCUUGGCAGCAUGUUUUGGGCACUCAUCUUGCUGAUGAAGGGUUCAAUGAAGAUGAGUACCCUCAUGUCAAGGAGUGGAUUGGGCGCAUGCUUGCCAAGGGGCCUUUGAAGGCUGUUAUUGAUGAUAUGAACGAGCAGAUGGCUCAGGGAAAGAAGCACUAG